UGCCGUCGAGUCCCCACUACCAUCGACGAUCCCGUUCAGAGUCUACGUGAUGCUGUCUUGCGAUUGACGCAGCUUGAGUUGCUACGAUGUGAACGUUCAGUCUCAGUACUCAGUCCCUGUUGACUUUGAGGAUUUCCUGUUCCUUGCUGCAUCAGAAAUUGCCAUCACUGUGGCGCCUCCGUGGGGUAAUUGCUUACCGGCACCUCUGGCCUCAAUGCGGACCAUUAAUUUGACGUCACUUUCAGAGAGAACCGCCAAGUAUAAAAAUAGUGAUGACUGCACUUAGGACGACGUUGCUUGCUCUGUUGAUCACUAGGACCUAUGCGACACCUGUUUCCCGAGCUCUGCUGAACAUUAGGAACGUUGACGGGGUUGAGAUUCCCCAUGUCAGGCCAGAAGUAUUAGGAACUAAUUCUACUGAAGGAUUCAACAUUCUUGAACAUCUCGCUGGCAUAUCCCCAUACUUUGACAGCCCAGGCGUGUCACUUCCCAAACAACCACCACCUUCCUGUCAUGUCAGAACAGCAGCAUACAUCAUCCGACAUUCGAAUAUCUACGCCAAUGACUUUGAUUACGAGCAAUAUAUCCAACCUUUCACUCAAAAGGUUUUUGACUUCGGCUCCCAACGACAGAACUUUUCCGCCCUUCCUCAACUCGCAUUCCUGGCAAAUUGGUCUACACCUAUCACCAAUGCUACCGAACAAGUCGAAAAGCUGACUCCAUCUGGAGAGACUUCUGCACAGGCGCUGGGGAAGUUGAUUGCGGGUUUGUAUCCACAAUUGAUUGAGACUGCUUCGAAUGCGUCUGUGUUCAAUGUAUGGACUUCGGAAGCUGAAAGGGCCAUUGAUUCGGCAACACCGUUUAUUGAAGGCUUGUUUGGAAAGUCCCCUAAUGUACAGAAUACUACUGCAACAAGUGCUGGGCCUACGCUCGUGCGGGUAUCGGAUAACGAAACCCUUAGUGCCAAUACCUUGGUCCCGCACGAAACAUGUCCUAAUUUCGAUUCCGCGGCAGGUUCAAACCAGUCUAUGACGUGGAUAAACACGUAUACUGUGCCUAUCAUCCAACGAUUCAACGUUGCUAUCCCCACGUUCAACUUCACCGCUCUAGACAUCUACGCUAUGCAGCAACUUUGUGGCUAUGAGACUGUCAUCACAAAUUCUAGCGAAUUCUGCAAGGCAUUCGAACCCGAUGACUGGCUAGGGUUCGAAUAUGCUAACGAUCUCAUGUACUGGUAUUCACUGGGUUAUGGCCAAACGCUCUCUCCGACCCUCGGCAUUCCCUGGCUAAACGCAACAACCGCCCUACUCACCUCCCCCACUCCCUCACAACCUCUCUACUUCUCCUUCACCCACCGAGAAGAACCUCCAUUCAUCUUAACUGCUCUAAACCUAUUCAACAACUCUGCCUACUCUGCCAACUCCAACAUUAACUCAACCAUGCCCACUACGGAGAUCAACUACUUGAGGGCAUGGAAAACGUCAGAGAUCCUUCCGUUUUUGGGACACGUCGCUUUGGAACGACUGGAAUGUGAACCAGAUAUACCAAGCUUUACGACAGAUUCGUAUGUGAGAGCUUUAGUGAACUCUGCGCCGAUUCCGAUUCCUGGGUGUCAGAGUGGUCCGGGGGCGAGUUGUCCUUUGGGGGAGUUCAUGAGGUAUGUUGAAGAGAGGUCGCAGACGUAUGGGGAUUUUGUGGGGUUGUGUGGAAUUGAUAGUGGGAGCGGGAACGCGACGAAUACGUUGGGUAUUUAUCAAGGUAACGUUCCUCAGGUGCCGGAUUCGUGAAAUACUAUCGUGAAAUACUAGAUGGACUUGUCUACUUUGGACUACAUUCGCGUACUCCACUCCAAACGUUGUCGCAUACCAUCUUUCAUAUCAUGUAAUAGAAACUUUAAACGAUAUGCACGACCCAUCAGAAAAGCAGGUUCCCUCAAAAGCAAUUACUCCACAUCGAAACAUCUACGUAUGACCAAGUAACUAUCCCUGUACAUAUUCCGUGCACAGAUCCAACUUAAUCACUGACAAAUGUAUUAGUCCUACCAUAACCUCUCCUCACCACGUACAACCCCCACGCCUUCACUCACCCACACACCCUGCUCAACGACGUUUCGUCCACUCACAACGCAUCCCUCCAACAGAGGUAUCCCACAAUGCGCAUACGAGCCACAUAUCCAAAGUCCAGGAACCUUUUUCUCAUUCUCUGAUCUUCCUCCUCCAUCUGAGGUUAGUCGACCAGCACCUUGCAAAGGACCAAGUAAACCCCCAUCCUGACCUGCACAUCCCCAUUUCCAUGUUUUACCACUUAUUGUGUGAUUAGAAGGAGAGGAGUCCCAAGAUUCUUGCCAUAAGCUUCGAAGAGCGGAUUUACCCUUCACAUUAACAAUCGCUCUUUCCAUCUUGGCUACACUCAAUAUCGUUUCUGGUUGAGGAGGUAUAAUGGGGUUUGUCGUUUGGUAUACGCGUGUUUGUGUU